GCAUUGUGGGAUCGGACCUGGGAGGCUUCGGAGCGGAUUCCGCAUUUGACCAUGGGGAUCCAGCCGAGCACUGCCGUGCUGACCUCCGUGGGAGUGGGACUUCUGACCCUGCUAGGAGUGGCCGUGGGCUCCCACUUGCUUCGUAAGUAUCGAAGGACACCUGUCACUCUUCUGGACCCCAAUGAGAAGUACUUGCUGAGGCUGCUGGACAAGACGACUGUCGGCCACAACACCAGGAAAUUCCGUUUUGCUCUGCCUUCAGCCAACCACAUCCUGGGACUUCCUAUAGGAAAGCAUGUCUACCUCUCUGCCCGCAUUGAUGGCAACUUGGUUGUCCGGCCCUACACGCCUGUCACCAGUGAUGAGAAUAAGGGCUAUGUGGAUCUUGUCAUCAAGAUCUACCUGAAAGGAGUACAUCCCAAAUUUCCUGAGGGAGGGAAGAUGUCUCAGUACCUAGACAGCCUAAAGAUUGGAGAUGUGGUAGAGUUUCGGGGGCCAAGUGGACUGCUCACUUAUAAUGGGAAAGGGAAAUUUGAUAUUCACCCCAGCAAGAAAUCUCCAGCAGAACCCCGAGUGGCAAAGAAGUUGGGAAUGAUUGCCGGAGGGACGGGGAUCACCCCAAUGCUGCAGCUCAUCCGGGCCAUCCUAAAGGACCCUGAAGAUCCAACCCGGUGCUUUCUGCUGUUUGCCAACCAGACUGAGAAAGACAUAAUCCUACGAGAAGAUCUGGAGGAAUUGCAGGCCCUACAUCCUGAACGAUUUAAACUCUGGUUCACCUUGGAUCAACCUCCAGCAGAUUGGGCCUAUGGCAGGGGCUUUGUGACAGCUGACAUGAUCCGGGAACACCUGCCUGCCCCAGGAGAAGAUGUGUUGCUGCUGCUGUGUGGGCCACCUCCCAUGGUACAGCUGGCCUGCCACCCCAACUUGGAUAAGCUGGGGUAUCCACAGAAGAUGCGUUUUACCUACUGAGGCCCUUACCUUCCUCUAGCUUUGCUCAGCCUAACAACCCCCAUCCAUCUCCCCAUCAGGUGCUCACACUGUGAGCCCCCUGCUACUGACCUACUAUCACUGCCCAAUCUUGUUCAACCUCUGCCAAGCCUUCAAUCUGGUGUUUUCUCCUGGAUCAGCCUCCCUUUAGCUCUGGGAGGAGGCACUCAGCUGGGUCUGGGCAGACUUAGACACUGCCCUUCUUCCAAUUCCUGGGCUGCAAGACUCAGUCUAUGAGAUCAGCAGGGUGGUGCCUAAGGAUCUGACUUUGGGAGAGAGGGUUCAAGGAUUUAUACCCUCAUCUUCACUGUCCAGGGAUUGAAAAGAGCAGUUGGGGGGGGUGCAGUUUGACAACUGAAGAUGCUUAAUUGUUGCUUCUGAAAGAUGGGGGUAGAUUUCUUGUGUGUGCAGUAGAAGGGGGAGCAUUAAAAUGGAGAAAGCAGUGCUUCUGGUGAGAUGUUGGGGCUGGGGAAGGGUGUUCUCCCCAGUCUCCUAGCCCUCAUAGUAAGGAGUCUUAGAUAUAUGUGCCUAUCUUCUAUACCAGGACUCCUAUUUCCCUCUCCUCAUGUCCGCUGGAGGACAUUGCCUGCCUGGGGUCUUCUUAGACCUUGUCUUUGUGUAAGGAACCUUUCUGGCUGUGAAAAUAAAUGGGGCCAAGGCCCCCAUGUGGCUUCCA